AUGCCAGCUGGAGGGGAUCAGGCGUCCACAACGGGCCUUUCAUCGCGGCGCUCGGCCUGUGACCGCUGCCGGGGCCAGAAGCUGGGGUGCCUGCGUGAGGGAAACGACCCGAGCGGGCGGUGCGAUCGAUGCGCUAAGGCUGAUGCCAAAUGCAUUACCACCCCAAUAUAUCACAUGCGGCACUAUACAAUCAGGGAUCACGAUACAGGUGGCCGCUCGACUACAAGCAUGAGUACUACUACCAACACUGGCAGUGCGGCCAUGCCAUCCCACAAGCGUCGCCGACAUCACAACGAUAAUCGGGACAAUCGACGUCAAGAUCAAAGUCAAGGCCAGGGGCCAGCGCGGCCACAAGCUCAGCUCCAAGUGCAAACGGCGUCGGGUACGAACUCGCCCGGACGACUCCAGAAUCGACCAUCUCAAUCUCCAGUCAGCUUCACUCCAGGAUUUGCCACAUUCGAAUGGCCGUCCCUGGAUGCCUUCGGAAAAUCAGAUCAAGGAGCAGCAGCAGGAGCGUCAAGCCAUGUCAGCUCGCCCGAAUGGAGCCCGAUGAUGGAUAUCGUGGCUGGAUCCGCACAACUACCACAUCCGCAUUGUGGACCGACACCCAGAUCACAGACGACAUUGGCCACUCCAGGUUGGGAUGCGAGUGAUCUCAACCUGGAUGACUACUUGGCCGGUGAUUUCACCCACAAGAACGGCUCCGAAGGCGCGAACCCCUCAGAAUGGCCUGCUGGCCUGCGAAGUUCACUUGCAAGUGGAGAAGGAGCGGACGUUCAACACCAGAGGGUGCCUUGGCCUCAAGCUGUCCAAGGAGGAGACAUUCUAGAUCAGUCGUCUCUGGGAGAUCUGGACAUUUGGGGGCUUGGCCUCCCCACGAGCUCCAACUCUACCGAGGAGACUCGCUAUCGUCUGAUGGAAGAGCUAGCUCGGAUCAACCUGGAAUUGGCAACACAACUCCGACGCAUGGUCAAAAGCCCACCUGACGGGACGCUGAAAAUACUUAUUCCCUCCGAGCUUGAGAGACCAGUCGCUUCAGGACACGCCACCACCACCCCGCUGCUGGGGGACAUACUCAACUCUACACGGCGCUAUCUAGACGUUCUAGCCACCGCCACCGACUCUCGGCCGUUUCCUAACCCCUCGCCGGCUGACUUUCAUAAUCUGCUGGCUGCGGCCGCUGUUCCACCGUUGGCAACCUUCGGCACCUCCAUCGAAGCCUCUAAGAUGAGUCGCGGAACAACCACGGCGGCAGUCUCGCCGGACACCAGUAGCACAUCCACAUCUUCCUCUUCUUCUCCCAGCCGUGCCUCGUCCACUCCGCCCAGCAGCCUUAGCUCUGUGACCAAGGCGCCGCCGGACCCGCCCAUGGUAUUCCUCGCUCUCGUCUGCUACGUGCACAUCUUGCGGCUCCACGUUGCUGUCUUCGCACAUAUCCGGCAGUACCUUGAGCUUGUAGCCGACAGCGACCACGGCAGGAUGAGUCCAAUUUCCGGUUUCUGUGGCUUUGAUGAGUGUCCCCUCCAAUCCGGAAAUCUCCAAACCACCAUGUUUAUUCAGAUGGUUACAAACACUUUUGAGAGAAUGGAGAGGCUACUCGGGCUGCCUCGCGAGUUCCACAUUGGCACACGUGACGGCGGUGGAUCCAGCGGCUUGCUUAGUGGUGACGGCUUUCUCGACGUGGCCAAGUCCAUGCUCCGGAAAGAGGAAAUGGGACGUCCAGAAGAAGGCCAGGGCGGAAUCAAGUACCUGCGGAAAACCAUGAAAAAAGCGAAGCGGCUCUUGCGCGACCGCAUUGCUCCAUAG